GUCAGGUACAAAAGUUAAACACUUCUGCAAUAUGUCUGCUGAAUUUGAACUCUGUCCUGGAAGAAAAAUCGGGGGCUCCAACCCCUGUUUCAUCAUCGCUGAGAUCGGACAGAACCAUCAAGGAGACAUAGAGAUCGCCAAGAAAAUGAUCCGAAUGGCCAAGGAUUGUGGCGCUGAUUGUGCAAAGUUUCAGAAGAGUGAGAUCGAGCAUAGAUUCACGAGACAAGCUCUGGAGCGCCGCUAUACGUCUCCUCACGCCUGGGGAGAAACAUACGGAGAUCACAAGCGCCAUCUUGAGUUCAGUCACCAGCAGUACAGAGAACUUCAGCAGUACGCCAAUGAUCUCGGCAUCUUCUUUACAGCGUCAGGGAUGGACGAGAUGGCUGUAGAAUUUCUCCAUGAAAUAAAUGUGCCAUUUUUCAAAGUUGCCUCAGCUGACACUAACAAUAUCCCUUACCUGGAGAAAACCGCCAAAAAAGGUCGUCCCAUGGUGAUAUCCAGUGGUAUGCAGUCUUUGGAGACCAUGCGCUGUGCUUACCAAACAGUCUGGAAGCACAAUCACAAAUUCGUCUUCCUGCAGUGUACCAGUGCUUAUCCUCUGCCAAUCGAGCACGUCAACCUCAGAAUGAUCACUGAGUUUCAGAAAGAGUUCCCAGACAUUCCAAUUGGUUACUCUGGACAUGAGACGGGCAUCCAUGUGUCUGUAGCUGCUGUGGCACUGGGGGCAAAGGUCCUGGAGCGUCAUGUGACUCUGGAUAAGAGCUGGAAAGGCAGUGACCACGCGGCAUCGCUAGAGCCGGUUGAGCUGGCAGAGCUGGUGAAAGCAAUCAGGACAGUUGAGACAGCGAUGGGCUCUCCAAUUAAACACAUGCUGCCCUGUGAAGCCUCCUGCCACAGCAAGCUGGGUAAAUCGGUAGUGGCCCGGAAGCCAUUGCAGAAAGGUGUGGCAUUAACUCUUGACAUGCUGACAGUAAAAGUGGCUGAACCGCAUGGUGUGACACCAGAGAACAUCUUCAAACUUGUUGGCAAAAAAAUCACAGUGGACCUGGAGGAAGACGCCACCAUCACUGAUGCCAUGAUAAAAGAUUAAGUGUCUCCACAAAUACAUAUCAGAAAGGUUUUUGGGGCUAAUAAGAAUUCAAUCCACAUUAUUUAUCUAAAUGGAUUUAAGGUUUAUUUACGGUGUAUUAAUGGAAACAUAUUUUUAAGUAGUGGAUUUGUAAAUUGUGGGUUCUGCUUGUUUUGUUUUCUUCUUCACUGGAAAAAAAAACUUUAUUUACACAGGGUUUUAUCUGUAUGUAUAAAGCCACUUUAGAGUAAAAUUUUAGUCUUGUGUGUCAAAAAUCUGAGAAUGACGUAAUUGUAUUCCUAGAUUUAAGAUUAAGCAUCAUUCAUAAAGGUUCAUAAGUGAUAAGAUUUGUUCUCGGCUCCUAAACAGUUUAAGGGUGCUGGAGAGGUCUCCUAAUCUAGUUAAGAGUAGCAUGAUGAAUGUGUUCUACGGAGACAACACACUCUGCAAAAAAGAAUGAAUGUGUUGGACUUAUGACAGUGGAAAAUGGGCAAAUGUGUUUCCUAGUUAAGAAAAAUGAAAUCCAUCAGUAUAUAUAUAUAUAUAUAUAUAUUCUUCCCAUAAGGCCUGCACCCCUGAGUCUUCACUUUACUGUUGUACAUGAAACUGGUGUUGAGCGGGUAGAAUUCAAUCAAGCUGUCAGCGGUGUCUAUUUCUCAAACUAGAGACUCUGAUGUACUUAUCCUCUUGUUUAGUUGUACAACUGGCCUUCCACAUCUCUUUCUGUCCUUGUUAGAGACAGUUGUCCUUUGUCUUGGAAGACUGUAGUGUACGCCUUUGAAUGGAGUCUUCAGUUUUUUGGCAAUUUCAAGCAUUGUAUAGCCUUCAUUCCUCAAAACAAUGAUUGACUGAUGAGUUUCUAGAGAAAGCUGUUUCUUUUUUGCCAUUUUUGACCUUAAUAAAUGCCAGUCUAUUGCAUACUGUGGCAACUUAAAAACAAACACAAAGACCAUGUUAAGGUUCAUUUAACAAACCAAAUAUCUUUCAACUGUGUUUGAUAUAAUGGCAAGUGAUUUUCUAGUACCAAAUUAGCAAUUUAGCAUGAAUACUCAAGGAUAAGGUGUUGGAGUGAUGGCUGCUGGCUACAUUUUUCAAAUGGUGUUAGUGCUGUUUUUUACAUCAGUAAUGUCCUGACUAUAAUUUGUGAUCAGUUGAAUGACACUUUGCUGAAAUAAAGUACCAAG